AUGGCUUCCGGUAUUUUGGAUAAUUCGAGCGACUCUCCUGACGAGUCAAACGAUAGCUCUAUGAAAUUCUUUGUUAACGCGUUACACUUUCUUGAAGAUACGGCAACUUCUAGUGCUCCUCAAACUCGACGGUAUACGGACCGGCAUCGGGAAAUUGAUAUCGUGCGCGACAUUGAAGCAAACUUCCCGUAUUUCCAAGAACGUUACGAUGCAAGAGGAAGAAAAAGUUUUACGGCGAUACAAAAAUGCACAUCCGCCGUUAGGCAACUCGCGACGGGUAACGCACCAGACGAGUAUGACGAGUAUUUGUGCAUGGCAGCCAGAACGGCACGAGAGACCCUUGAUUAUUUUUGUGACGCCAUCAUUCGGUUGUAUAGCCGAGAGUACCUACGCAGGCCGACGUCACACGACGUUGCACGCAUCUUCGAGGCCCACGAGCUUCGUCAUCAUAUGCCUGGGAUGCUUGGUAGCAUCGAUUGCACACAUGUCGAGUGGUCGGCAUGUCCUAGACGUUUGAGAGGGCAAUACACGAGGGGUGACCACAACGGUCCAACUAUUAUGCUUGAAAUCACCGCGUCACAUGAUUUGUGGAUUUGGCAUGCUUUUUUCGGUGUCCCGGGGUCGAACAACGACAUCAACGUGUUGAACCAAUCCGAUUUGUAUGUCACAGCGCGUAACGGAACGGCUCCGGAUUCUUCAUUCCACGUGAAUGGGCGAUAUUAUAAACGUGGCUACUAUCUUAGUGAUGGGAUCUACAACAAGAGGCGGCCAGAAAAGAUGUCGAGCGAGCUUUUGGUGUCCUCAAAGAGGGACGGGAGGGCAAUCUCACCGGUCCAUAUAAUGGACCCGCCAGUGCAACCGGUGUUCGAUGAAAGUGUGUAUGCGGAGUUGAUUGACGAAGAAGUUCACCAUCGCCUUCGAUAUGAUCUUACGGAGCAUGUAUGGGCUCAAGAUUUGGCGUAUCUCGAUGAUUAG